AAUAUCGAGGACCAGCUCUGGGCCAAAACAGAGGAGCCAAAACGAUUUCGCCGCUCCAUGACUUCUGCUGCGUAUUUACGCUGGCCAAAGGCACCUAUACCAUACUAUAUCAAUACUGGAUCCGGAGGUUUCCCGGCAGAAAUUACUUAG